CCUUUCUCUAGGCGAGAUUGCUUCCUCUCCAGCUCACAGCAGUCCUUUCAGAAGAUCAGGAGUCCUUCUUGUGCUCACAAGUGUCACCAUGGGCUGGUCCUCCAUCCUGAAGAGCCUCUUCACAGUUUUUGUCUUUAGCAUCUUGGUUGUCGGCUCUGUAGAGGGUUACACGUGUCUACAAGCUACAUGUGGAAAUGGAAACUGUUUUGAGCCUUUAACUACUUGUGACACCACUGUUGGCUGCUUCAACCAAAUACAGAAAUUAGAAGCACCACUUCCGGGUUCAAACCAAGUACUUGAGCAAAAAGGGUGUAAUACAGAUACAAAAACAUGUGGAUUGGAAUUCUCAGCAACGCUGGGGAGUCAACAGACAUUUAAAUACAAGAACCAAUGCUGCACCACUGACAAAUGCAACAAAGAAAACAUAGCACUGUCUCGAUCAUCAGAAAUCAAUGGUGUUGAAUGUACUGCCUGCUACAGUGAGCAAAACAAGACAUGCAGCACAAUAACUACCCUGAAGUGCACAGGGGCAGAGAGAAAGUGUCUUGAGGUUACCGGUACAGAUCAAUCUUCUAAUUUAAUAUUUUAUGGAAAAGGGUGUGCAACUGAAAAUACUUGCUCACUGGAUAUGAAUGUCUUCAAUAACAUAAAGAUUAAAACCUUGUGCAUCCCAGCAACCAAUGGAAGCCCCACCUUCAAAUCCAUUGCAUCACUUCCAAUUGUUCUGCUCCUCCUGAAAAUCUUGCUUUGAUCAUCCAGGCACUGACAAUCCCACAAUACUAUGCAAUAGACCCAUUGGUAUACUUGGAUGGCUAUUUCCAAAACAUGGAACAAAUGAAAACUGUUCUUUAUGUAAAAACUUAAGUUCAUUUUUUUGUAAUACCAGGAAACAUACAAAGAUGACUAUGUCUGAAUGUCCCCUCUUCUCCUUAAUAUAAUACUAGAAGUCCUAGCCAGAGUAAUUAGACCAAUCAAAGCAGUAAGCAAGUGAAAUUAAAUCUGAAGAAAGAAAUUGGUAAAAAUACUAGAAGAAAACAUCUGUGUGUAUGUGUGUGCACAUGUGUGCACACAUAUAUACAUGUAUGUAUGUGAUAUUGGAGAGAACUUUUAGGCAUUAACCUAAGUAUUCUUUCUGCCUAAGUUGGUGUUUCUAACAGCUUGGUGAGGAAAGGGUUCAUUUCAGCUUAUAACUCUCAGAUCAUCAUGUUCCAUUGCUUUUUUAUAAUUUGUAAUAAAAAUUUGGUCAACUG